AUUGCCCGUAUUGUUUAACACUAUCCCGCACGGUGCGAGAACAUCCAAAAAUGGACGCCACCGUCGUCGCCAUCGCCGACGACCAUGAUGACUCCGACUGCCGCCGCCCCCUGCUCGCCCAGAACGAAGAGAUCCACCUCUACACAGAGCCCCCUAACCGUCAACAUCCUCCACUGGAUGCUGCGGCGACGCAGCUCGAGGAGCAGCGGAAGCCGGAGAGAGUGGCCUCUCUGGACGUGUUCCGCGGCUUCACCGUUGCCAUGAUGAUACUCGUGGACGACGCCGGCGGGGCGUGGCCGGGCAUCAACCACGCGCCGUGGUUCGGGGUUACGGUGGCGGACUUCGUCAUGCCUGCCUUCCUCUUCAUCAUCGGCGUCUCCGCCGCACUCGUAUUCAAGAAAAUGGCAAACAAGACAGCUGCAACUAAGAAGGCUGCAAUUCGGGCUUCAAAACUUUUCAUAUUGGGUGUGAUUUUGCAAGGGGGAUACAUUCAUGGACGACACAAAUUAACUUAUGGUGUUGAUUUGGAUCAUAUUCGAUGGCUAGGUGUGUUGCAGAGGAUAGCUAUUGGAUACUUUGUAGCAGCAAUGUCAGAGAUUUGGCUUGUCAACAAUAAUUUGAGGAUAGCUAUUGGAUACUUUGUAGCAGCAAUGUCAGAGAUUUGGCUUGUCAACAAUAAUUUGAGGAUAGCUAUUGGAUACUUUGUAGCAGCAAUGUCAGAGAUUUGGCUUGUCAACAAUAAUUUGGUGGAUUCACCUGUACCAUUUGUGAAUAAAUACUUCAUAGAGUGGUUCAUGGCCAUAGCUAUUACAGUACUUUAUGUUGCCUUGGUAUUUGGCCUUUAUGUUGCAAACUGGGAAUUUGAAAUUCAAACUAGCAAUUCAACCCUUUCUAUCCCAAGCAAUUCAAUUGAAACAAAGAUGAUCCAAUGUGGAGUCAGAGGUAGUCUUGGACCACCUUGCAAUGCAGUUGGCUUGGUAGAUCGAGUUUUGCUUGGUGAAAAUCACCUAUAUAAGAACCCAGUCUACAAAAGGACAAAGGAAUGCAGUAUUAAUUCUCCUGAUUAUGGACCACUUCCUCCGAAUGCACCAGAUUGGUGUCUGGCUCCAUUUGAUCCUGAGGGUUUAUUAAGUACGCUGAUGGCUGUGGUUACUUGUUUUGUUGGUUUGUUCUUUGGACAUGUUUUAAUUCAUUGCAAGAAUCAUUCACAGCGAAUGCUAAUAUGGCUGCUAGCUUCUGUGGUGCUGACAAUCUCUGCGUAUUUAGUGCUAUUAUUAGGCAUGCCUUUUAGCAAGCCUUUGUAUACAGUGAACUACAUGCUACUCACUGGAGGAGUAUCUGGGUUCUUGUUGCUGCUGUUGUACUACAUAGUUGAUGUUAUUCAUAUUAAGAAGCCCUUCGUACUAUUCCAAUGGAUGGGCAUGAACGCACUUAUAGUCUAUGUUCUCGCUGCUUGUGAGCUAUUCCCCACCCUUAUUCAAGGGUUUUAUUGGCGGUCACCUGAGAACAACCUGGUGGAUGUUACUGAAUCCCUGCUCCAGGCCAUCUUCCAGUCGAAACGAUGGGGCACCUUGGUGUUCGUCCUCCUAGAGAUAGUCUUUUGGUGCUUGGCCGCCGGCUUCCUGCACAUGAAAGGCGUUUACUUGAAACUGUAGAACCAAAUCGUGGACAGUUCUCUGAUGGAACGGAAUUGACGUCCUGCAAACAUUGGUGGAAGGCCCGGUAUCCCUGUUUUUUCUGUAAAUGCAACGCGAUUCUGGAACCAUGGGUGUAGCGGUUGAUUACAGGACGUUGUGGUCCCAAGGUCCUCCAACUCAUCCGCCUCCAUGCACACCAGGAAAACAUCUUGCUGAAAGUCACAAGCGUUUCACCACGUGAAGACCCAGUCUGAUGGUCUUUCAGUUGUUUGGUAAAACUGUUUCUGUUUUCCUGCAGAAAUCAUUUCUAGUUUCUAGUGAUUUUGGAAACCAGGAUGUUUCUGUUUAUCACUUGUAAUCUUGGGUAAAUCUCAAAAACGUAGUGUAUUUUGCUAAUGAUUCCACGAUGAAGUGAGUGAGUGGACAUGUACACAGUAGACAGUAUGAAAGUAUGUAUGAACCGUCGAUCACCGUAUAAUCCAUCUACUCCAACUCAUUGCAGUGAAAUGCUGUGUUGUACCUCCAAGUUCUGGCCUCUCAGGCAUGUACAUAUCAAUGGAAAAUGCUGUACCGUUUAAUUUCA